UCAGUCGGGUUCUAAUGAGUGUUUCUUUAGGUUCAUGGUAUACAGAAGAAGGGUCAAACUACCACCCUACUCCUGCAAAUGCCCACAACUCCUACGAAAGCCUUGUCAAAUAUGUGUUAUUUGAUUGCGAAAUGUCUUGCAAUACGACCUUUCAAUUCAAUUCAAUUCAAUCAAAUGUUCAGUAUGACAAUUUGACACACCUGUUUCUGGUCAAAGAAGACAAAUUCCCAUUCAAGGCCAAGACCAAGAGGUUGAAAGGCGCGUGGUUCCCUGAAGACCUCUGGCGCUGUGGUCAUUUCCAAGAUGCCGAGGAAGUCCAAGCGGAAAAUACAGCUGCAGGAGCGUCUACGGCGUGGCCGGAGGAUCAAACAGGGGCUCGAGGAUGGCUGUCAGCGCCGCGCCUCCCCGAGCCAGAAGGUCCAACAUGACGCCCCUGCAUGGAGAAGGAAAUCGUGGAACUGCUCGCCAACAUCCGGGUACGUACGCUUGAACAUAGAUUCGGCCAAAUAGCUGGCGAAAUGGUGAGUGUGCCUCCCGAACCUGGGAAUGUUGCUCCUCACAUCCACCACAUCUGCCUGCCAUUUCUCCACUACAAAACUGGAGAAGGAAACUGAUGACAACCUUCCAAGGACAAGGAAACGAAAGAGACUGACACGGGCGGCACAGGAAGACACUCCAUCGCCUAGCGAGGAUGACAGUAUUAAGGAUGAGGACAAGGAAACCGAUGACAACCGUUCAAGUGCAAAGAAACAGAAGAAACUGACACUGAGAGCACAGGAAGACACUGCCUCACCCAUGGAGUAUGUCAUAAUUAAGAAGGAAGACCUGCAGGCUAUGUGUGAUAAUGUAGUUUGUGAGGAAUGCUAUGAAUCCAAAAUGCAGUGUUCUUUUGUUCACCAUCAUGCAGACACAACUGUGAAGAUAGUGUGUUCCAAAUGUAAAUCAUCCCCAAUGCGCGGCACCUCAGGCACCCGGAUGAGUGUGCUGCACAAUGUUCGUGAGGUGACGCUGACGCUGGUCCACGCCAUCAUGUUAUUGGGGAAGGGCAAAGCAGCCUUUGAUAAAUUGUGUGCCCUGAUGAACCUGAGAGGCAUAUCUUCUUCAGCCUACAACAUCAUUUCAAAGUAUGUAACAGUGAAGGCUAAAAUAAAAGCCGAGGAAGUGUUGGAGCAAAGCAGGAAAGCAGUGUUUGAAUAUUAUGCCAAGGAGCUCAACAGACUGCCAGAUGAAGACGGAGUACUUGAUGUAGACGUCACUUUUGGAGUCUCGUGGCAAACCCGAGGAAACCUUUCACUGCUGGGUGUUGGCGACAUUAUUGAUGUUCACUCAGGACUUAUUUUAGAUUAUGAAACCCUAAGUAAAUUAUGUAAUGCUUGUUCCAGGAAAGAAGCUGAGCUAAAGAAUAAGAAAAUAACAAAGGAACAGUUUGAGGAUUGGUAUAAAGAGCACUCAUCUUCCUGUGAUAAAAACUUUGAAGGAACUUCCCUGGGGAUGAAGCCGGGUGCCGCCGUCAGGCUGUGGCAGCGGUCCUUGGAUCAUAACAUGAGGUACACCACCUACAUAAGUGACGGUGAUAGCAUUGCCUUCAGUGCAAUCAAACGACUGAAUAAGGGUGAAGGUCCAUAUGGAGAAGAGCAUGAAGUAGUAAAAGAAGAAUGUGUGCACCUCCUGUCCAGGAAACUUGGUACUGCCUUACGGGCCUUGUACAAAGGGACCCACACAGAGAGGGUUGAUGGAAAGAAAGAGAAGAAAAAAACUUCACUGGGUUGUAAAAAAUUCCCUGAUGGUUUCAUAGCGCAAAUGCAGUGUGGCUUAACUGAAAGCAUCAAGCGUGCAGCAAACACACCUGUGAGUGAAAUGAGAAAAAGUAUCAUGUCCUCAAUGUACCAUUACUGCUCCACAGACAGCAAACCUAGACACCACUUGUGCCCAGACUCCAGCACUUCUUGGUGUCUUUAUAAAAAAUCUGUAGCAGUGGGUGAAACCCCUCCAAGUCACAAGGACAUGAAGGGACACUUUGAACUGGAGCCAGACCAACUGGACCAUGUUAGGAGAACUUUUGUGGAACUGACCAGUGAUGAAACAUUACGUGCAAUUUUGCAUGCCCAAACUCAAAACCUAAAUGAUUCCUUCCACAGCCAACUGUGGAAGUACUGCCCCAAGGAUAUCUUUGCUUCAAAGACUAAGGUGGACUUUGCUGUGGCACAAACAGUUUGUAAUUUUAAUGCAGGUUAUGUUCAGAGUAGUUUGCAUACACUCCUAGGCAUUCCUUACACAGAAACUGUUAAAAAAUACUUAGAGAAACAGGAUUCAAACAUGGAAAGUAAAUUGGUUAUAAAAUAGUUAAAAAAAAAGGAGAAAAAAAAAAAGGAUGCAUCAGUGGAGAACAAUAAGUAGAGAACCAUCAGUAUUCUGUGACACAAAUUCUCAUCAACCCCACAUAAGUUUUUCAGUGGUGUUUCAUACUUUUGUUUAAGGUUGUGUGUAUGUCUUUAUGUAUGUAUUUACCAGGUUGUAGUGUGUGUUUGAGUCCACCUAGUUGUAACGGUCCGAAUGUGAGUAAGUCAGUGAGUAACAGGGUGAGUAAGUGUAAGCGAGUGCGUGAAUGAACGAGAGAAUUUGAGUAAGUUGGUGAGUGACAGAGUGAGUAAGUGUGAGCGAGUGGGAACGUGGAUGAGUGAAUGAGUGAAAGAGUGAAUGGGUGGCUAAGGAAUGUAAGUGCGUAAAAGGUUAUGAGAAGAUAACUCGGCGAGCGAAUGAGCGAAUAUAUGAACGAGUUACUGAAAUCCCUCAUCUCAAAGCCUCGAACCCCUCCAAGAAAUCUAUAACUAGUUAGGUAGGUAGGGUAUGAUUGUAAUGCCGAGAUGGAGUCACGUGAAGAAGGGGGAGGAGCAGAGGCGAGAAGGCAAGGGCAAGGAGACCCACGGGUGAGUGAGGAGACAAGCACCACUGCAGCAAGCCAGAGAUUUGGGAGACGCGAGGAGACUAACACCCCACCCACGGCCUGCUGUGUGAGGCGGGCUAGUCAGGAGACGAGCAGCAGCCCUAGCAAUGAAAGGCAGCGAGUUGGAGUUGAGUGAGAGGUGUCCAUCUCUCCACUCAGCCCCCCCCCCCGAAAAACCACCCACGGCCUGCGGGGUGAGACGGACUACAGGAUGGGAACAUGUAUGGCGGGGUAACCUACCCCUCGACUGUCCUGGGGGCCGAAAUACCACUGCCCCAAGCUGCUCCCUACAUCAAAGGGCGCCCGCCUCUUCACACCACCCGAGCCGCUCCAUCUCCACAUCAAGCGGCGCCCGUCUGUUCAUCACCAGGAGCGCCCAUUCCCAUCGUGAAUGUCCCCUGCCGAGCCCGACACUCACGCCAGCUCCUCCUCCUCCGCAUCCAGAAACUAGAGCUAAGCAUUCUGUGUAUUCCCCAAAUCUCCCUUGUGCCGGUAGCUAGCUAGAUUAGAGGCCUGCAGCCUGUCAGUCAUUCAUUUAUUUUUAUUUUUUUAUUAGUACUCCGCUAACCAUUGCAAAAGGAAACUAAAUACAUAUUAUAUACAACCUUACA